AUGGCUGGUGUGCCAGAGAAGGUGGUCCAAGAAGUGGAAGCCAUGAUGUCCUCGACUGCUCCAGUGAAUACGAAAGUGGACCAGAUCGUCCAACUUCUAAGGACACAUGGCCUUGCCCACGACCAAGUUCUGACUCCAAGUCAGAUCUUGGUACACCCAGAAAACCGAGGCAAGUCCAUGGUGUCCUACUACGACGUCUGGUCCAAGGGCAGCCAGAUGACCAGUGUCGGCUUCCAACCCAAGCUGCUCGACGGCCAGACCAUCUGCACCCAAAUGGCCACUGCCGAGACCAAGAGACUUGCCCAAGUGCAAGCCAACCGCCAACUGGUCUCUGAGGCCAAGGGCCAUCUGGCACCAGUGAGUGGCCAGGAAGGCUUCCUCUCCCUUGCAGGGAGCCACAGUGUUGCCUUUCUCCGAUGCCUCCAGGCGGGCAUCCAAGGACCAGAGGGCUAUCACGUCGCCAUUGCGAAGUCGGACCCAGCAUGGCGAGCGAUCGAGCAAGGAUGGUGCUGGAUCGUGCUGGCAGCAUCCAUUGAAGAAGCCAUGCCACAACUUCCCAACUUUAUUCAGCAUGCUGCCAACUCGUCCAACUCAAUAUCCAAAGCCAUCAACGAGUUGGAGGUUGCCCUCCACGUGGCCACUGCAUUUGAGAAGGGCUUGAGCCUUCCAGAUGCCAUCCAGCAGGCCAGCCAAGGCGACGUGAGAUGCCGUGCCAGUGUCCCCGCCAUCGCCAAAUUCGUCCAGAACUUCGGCGGCGGCAGCCAGGGGUUUCCACUCCUCCAUUUCCUUGCCAAUUUUGGGAAGCAGUUUAAUGCCACACUUCUGGUGGGAACCGAGCUGAUGUCCACCCUGGUGUCGCUAGAUUUCAAGCAAGCGACGUGCAUCUUUCCCAUGCUUCGUGUGGCGGCAUGGGCUACCAUGUUGACCAGCCCAAAAUCCCAAGACGGGUUCAGCCGCAUCCUAUCCACCAACGAUCUCCAAAAACUGAAGGCACCAGGCAUGCUCGACCAAGUUACCCAAGCCGAAAACAUGCUCCAAGAGGCUUGGAAGGUCCAACAGGAUCUUCUUGUGGAGCAGACCCACCAUGCGUCCCACUUAACCAAAUGCUUUGGUCGAUUUGCAGUCAGAGUUUGUUUGUUCCUCACGAACAAACAAAGGGCAGGCCGGGAAACCAAGCACUGGCAAUCUCUCCAAGCCAUCUUGACUGCCUACACCAAGGAGAUCCAAGACAGCUCGGCUGGCGAUGCCAUUGCGGACCACAGCAUGACUCCAAACAUGCAGGUGACGGAUGUCUUGGCGGCCAGCAACAAGACCAUUGCCAUGCUCCAAAACAACCACAUGGAACUGGGCAAGUUGUACACCACCAAGGACCACGGUGCCAAGGUGUUCAAGCUGACGGAUGUCACGGACGACCAUGCCACCAUGACUCACAAGCCACUCUUCCAAGAUGAGGAAGAAGUCCAUGUGCCAUUGCAGAAGCUGCCAAUGUGGAAGGCCACCAAGGCCAUGAUGCCGAUGUUGUGCCCCCAGGAUCUUGCCAGGGAAGGAAUGACGGCGAAGCUUCUGUUGGAGGAGCGGGCCAGGUCGGAGGUCCAGCUGGCUCUCCACAGAGCGGCGGAAAAGCACCAUGUGGAUGCCCAGACCAUCGCUUUCGGCCAGAACCCGCAGGGGUUGUUUGCGAUCAAGACAAUUCGCAAAACCAUUCGUUUGGUUCCACUGGGCACGGUGAACAAAGCCAAGUCGACCGCCAAGGAAACGAAGCUCCUCAUCCAGCACGGCGGCCACAGCUGGACCAUUGGGCCGUUCCGCCAGAAUGCGCAGUUCGAACGAGCGAGACCUCCGAGGCUGCCAGCGGUUUGCCAACUUGGGCCAAACCAAAUGCUGCAGGAAGUGCGGCCAAGGUGGCAGCCAUUCCAGCAGAUGCUCGGCCAGGCAGGACCACUUUGCGGGCAAAAGGACCAGCGGCACCGCCGGCAUAACCGGCACUCCUCUCCGCUUGAACCCAAAGUGGGUGCCCAUGUGGUUCGGUGCCAGCCUCCGGGUGCGGACCUUUCUCCUCCAUGCCCACGAGACGAGACCAUGGAGGAGUUCCAAGUGUCCAUGGAGCCAUCCACAGCAUCCACGUCCUUCCAAAACUGGCUUCGAGCUCAAUUGGUGGCUGUGCAUGAAGCCACCCAUGGUGACCAAGGCUCCAAUGCUGAUCUCACCAGAAUAAUCAAAGCACAAGCCAUGAAGGCCCAGCAGGACUCCAAGGCCACGGUCUCCAAGCAGAACAUGAAGAAGCCGGCCGCCAGCAAGACCACGGAGAAGCCAGUUUUGCCAGCCGGCAGCAAGACCACGGUGGAGCCAGAGGCCAUGGACCCCAUGGAGGACACUUUGGGCAUGACCAAGGCCCAGCUGCAGGCCAUGUUUGGCCCAGGCUUCGAGCCAAACUUCGAGGAGCCAAUUGGGGGCCAUUUGGCACUCCAUUGCUCCAAACCAGGCUGCAGCAGCUGGGUGUGGUGCCACAAAUUGUACCAGCGGAAGUCUGGCUUCGGUCGUUUGUCGACCAUGGAUGCCGGCUCCAAUGGCAUGACUGACCACUUGGACCAUGAUGGCUUGGUGGAGUGA